AAAUGCAAAAGCAGAGGAAGACGAAAAAAAAACAUUUACAAUAGCCUAAUUAAGAAGGAAGAAAUUGGAAGAAAUGAUCCAGUAGAGAGAGCGAGAGACUCUAGGGCUGAUUUGGCUUAUGAUUCGAAGAAAUGGAGAGAAGAAUCCGGAGAAUACGCGGAAGCCGGCAAAGAGAGAGCUCACAAGGCGAAAGAGAGUGCGAAGGACAAAGCUUACGAUAUGAAAGAGAAGACGAGAGAUUAUGCGGAAGAAACUAAGGAUAAAGUGAAUGAAGGAGCAAGCAGAGCAGCCGAUAAAGCCUACGAGUCUAAAGAGAAUGCUAAGAACAAAGCUUACGAUGUGAAAGAAAAGACAAAAGAUUAUGCAGAAGCCACCAAGAAUAAGGUGAACGAAGGAGCGAGCAGAGCAGCUGAUAAAGCCUACGAGACUAAAGAGAAGGCUAAGAACAAAGCUUAUGAUGCGAAGGAGAAGACAAAAAAUUAUGCGGAAGAAACCAAGAAUAAAGUGAAUGAAGGAGCGAGCAGAGCAGCUGAUAAAGCGGAAGAGACGAAAGACACGGCCAAGGAAUAUGCGAAGGACUCAAAGGAGAGAGCAGAGGAUAUGGCUCAUGGGUUUAAGGAGAAGGCUCAAGAUGUUGGGGAGAAGACUAUGGAGACUGUGAAAGAUGCAUGGGAGACGGCGAAGAGCACGGCUCAGAAGGUUACUGAGGCGGUGGUUGGGUCCGGUGAGGAGGCGGAUAAGGCCCGAGAUGAUGUUGAUAAGGGCUUGGAAGAUUUGUCGAAAAAGGCAAAGGAAAAUCGAAAAAACGAAGAUGAUUUCAAGAGUGUUUCGUUUCUGAACUUUGGCAACAACUUUCCAGAAAUUUUACAGUCAACUCUUCUACAUCUCUCUAAGCAAAGAAAAAUAAAAAUGGGAAUACUUGAAAACCUAUGGGACGACGUCGUGGCUGGUCCACAACCUGAAGCCCGUGGCCGUGCCCAUCUCCGGCGAAUCUCCACCGGCUUAACUAGCUUGAACAAUAUCAAAGAAGGAACAACGGUGGGCGGAUCUGCGUCUCUCCCGUCGAGUCCAGCUACUCCGGUGACACCGGGAUCUGGCCGGAAAGUGGAUGUGUGGAGGAGUGUGUUUCAUCCGGCAAGUAAUGUGACCACAAGGGACAUUGGUGCUAAUGUCUUUGACAAACCUUCUCAUCCUAAUUCUCCCACCGUUUAUGAUUGGAUGUACAGCAGCGAGAGCAGGAGCAAGCACCGUUGAAGCGUCUAGUUUAUCAACGGACCGUCAAAUUAAAUAAAUGAAGAUUUCAUAAAAUGAUGCUUUCUAGAAAAAGAGAUUUCAUAAAUUUAUGUUGUCAUUUAUUAUUUCAAGAUGAUUAAUAAUCAACUGAGUGAGCCGUGUGAUUAAUGUUUAAAUAAACUUUAAUGCUUUACUCUAUUUUUAAUCUAUUGACACGAAAUUAAAAAAU